AUGUCGAAAUUUACGCAUAAAAUCAAGGUGCCAUGCUCUUCGGCCAACAUUGGCCCUGGCUUCGAUGUCAUCGGCCUUGCACUCAACAUGUACCUUGAGCUGGACGUCGGCAAUGACCCUUCCCAGCCACCAACACCACUCAAUUGCAAACUGUCCUACGAGGGAGUGUCUCCCGAAGGCAUUGACUUGGACCCGGAGAACAAUCUCAUCACCCGCACAGCCUUUACACAUCAAAAAUCCUAUCCCGCUAGGUCGAGGUCUGGCUCAUCAGGAGCUGCCGUUGUGGCUGGUGCCCUUCUAGGAAACCUCCUGGGCAAGCUGAACCUGCCCAAAGAACGAGUGCUGGACUUCAUUCUCAUGGUCGAGCGACAUCCAGACAAUGUUGCCGCAGCAUUAUAUGGCGGUUUCGUGGGCACGUAUCUCAACGAGCUGAAUCCAGAUGAUAUGGCUCGUAUCGAGGUGCCCCUAAGUGAAGUGCUGCCACAGCCAGCUGGCGGUGUAGAUACAGGUCUACGACCGCCGAUCCCGCCUGAAAACAUCGGACAUUUCAGACGAUUUGUCUGGAACAAGGAGCUCAAGGCCAUUGCUAUUAUCCCGGACUUCGAGGUCAGCACGGCAAGGGCAAGAGAAGUGCUGCCUAAGACCUAUACACGGCAAGACAUGAUCUUCAACCUCCAACGCCUCGCCCUCCUCACCACAGUCCUCUCCGACUCCCCACCCAACCCCAAUCUUAUCUACUCCGCCAUGCAAGACAAGAUCCACCAGCCCUACCGCGCCUCCCUGAUCCCUGCCCUCCCCGCCAUCAUCAGCAAGAUCACGCCCUCAACUCACAAGGGUCUCUGCGGAAUCUGUCUAUCCGGAGCUGGACCGACGAUAUUAGCAUUGGCCACGGAGAACUUCGAGGAGAUCGCAAAGGCGGCGAUUGCAAUGUUUGAGAAAGAAGGUGGGAUCAAGUGUGAGUGGAAGUUGUUGGAGCCGGCGGAGGAUGGGGCUACUGUUGUAGAGGUGUAG